UCCAGUUGUCACCAUUCAAUUUUGGUCCAAGCUAAUCCAAAAAGUCAACGAAAAAUUAUUUAAAUGUUUAGCCCAUCGUUUGGCGGCGAAACAGCAGUGAAACAAGCCAUUUGAAUGGCCGGCCAGCCAUUCCGGCGAACUCGUCGUCCCGCGGCGGAAAUAGUCCGUGAACUCCGCCACCUGCGCUCCUCUCCACUGCGGAUCGACGACGAGGACGAGUCCUGGGUGGAGGGUCACGAGAAGCCGCCCACGCCCGACCUCCCGGUGGCCAGUCGCGAUCAGCUGGAGCAGCUGCGUCUGAGUCGCCAUCGAAUCGGCUUGCUCCUGGUUCGUCCCGCCUUCGAGCAGGCCGUCACCGGAUGCUUUGUCCGGUUGAAUAUCAAUGGGCAGGAGGAGCUGCCCGACCAUCGGAUUGCCGAGAUUCUGGGCCUCGGCGAGCUGGACUUUGGCUACAAGGUCGGCGAGGUACCCACGAAUGUGGCGUUGCGACUGCGCUACGAGGAUCUGGUGAUGCUCCACGAGAUCAACGAUGUCUCGAAUCUGGCCUUUACCAUCGAGGAAUUCGAACUGUGGCGGGAUAAUUGCGUCAACCAGGCCAUCAGUCCACCCACCACCCACAUGGUAACGCGCAAGAAGAUCGAGUUAUAUAACGCCCUGCAGUGCGAGGCCAAGCCAUUGUCCCUCAUCCAAAGGUCCUUCUCCUUCGCCUUGAAGCCGCCACAGAAACGUGGCAUCAUGGAGCGUCAUGGCAGCGUCUAUCCUUGGCGCUUGAAGCAUCCGCUGCCGUUGAUCCCACAACCGCCGCCCAUGCCACCGCCCGAAGAUCCCCCCAGGGGUCUAACCUACCGGAUGAAAUCGAGUUCCAUAGUCCUAGAUCUCGAGGGGGAGCAGCUGCCUUAACAAUUUCACAUCUUAACACUACCAAAUCUCAAUUACUGGCUUAGAAAUAU